AAGUGGGGGGAGGUAAUGUACAACGCAGCAGCAGCAGCCCUAACAACAACAAUAAGAGUUUUUAUCAACGCCAUCUUGGUAUUUUCUAUUGGAAUCUGCAUUUGAAGCAGACAGAAAGUCUCCGGUUUCUUUUGGAUUUCGUACAGGGUAUCCAGGAAUUUAUUGCUUUUUUUUUUGUUUACAUAUCUAAAUUCCGCUCUCUUCAACCUUUCUCCCGCCCGUUGAGGAGAACGUCUGCUUGAGUGUCUUUUUCGAACCACUGGUGUAUUUCAAAGAUGAGUUCUUACCAGAUGACAGGGACCACAACCACUAGGACAGUGAGCCACAGUGGUAGUGGCAAUAGCUACAUGGACUUGUCCAAUAUGCCGAUGGAAAACAAACAACAGCAGACAAUGAUGUGGCAACAAAAUCAGUACCUUACUGAUUCUGGCAUCCAUUCAGGUGCCACAACACAGGCCCCCUCCAUCAGCAGCAAAGGCCAUGGAGAGGAAAUGGAAGAAGAGAACAUGGAUAAUAACCGAAUGAUGUUUGAUUGGGAUCAAGGAUUUAACCAAGGUUUUACUCAGGAACAAGUUGAUGAGAUGAACCAACAACUGAAUCAGACCAGAUCACAAAGAGUGAGAGCUGCUAUGUUUCCAGAAACUCUAGAGGAAGGCAUACAAAUCCCUUCAACUCAGAUCCACCCUGAUCAACCAACAGCUGUGCAAAGAUUGGCUGAACCGUCACAGAUGUUGAAGCAUGCAGUUGCUAAUCUCAUUAACUAUCAGAAUGAUGCUGACCUGGCCACUUUUGCUGUUCCUGAGCUGAUUAAGUUGUUGAACGAUGAGGACCAAGUGGUCGUUGCUCGCGCCGCUGUCAUUGUACACCACUUAACCAGAAAUGAUGCUAGCCGGCAUGUUAUCCUUAAUUCUCCACAAAUGGUUGCGGCUCUUGUACGAGCCAUGAAUAAUACAAAUGAUUUUGAAACCACUCGUUAUGGAGCUGCAGUUCUCCAUAGCCUCUCACAACAUAGACAGGGACUUCUGGCUAUAUUUAAAUCUGGAGGUAUUCCAGCUCUUGUAAAAUUACUCAGCUCCCCAGUGGAAACUGUAUUGUUUUAUGCAAUCACCACACUACAUAAUCUGCUGCUUCAUCAAGAAGGUUCCAAGAUGGCUGUACGAUUGGCUGGGGGGUUACAGAAAAUGGUGGCUCUGCUGCAAAGAAAUAACGUAAAAUUUCUUGCUAUUACCACAGACUGUCUGCAAAUUUUGGCUUAUGGAAAUCAAGAGAGUAAAUUGAUUAUAUUGGCCAGUGGUGGUCCUGUUGAACUAGUUCGUAUUAUGAGGUCAUACACAUAUGAAAAACUGCUGUGGACUACUUCCAGAGUACUUAAAGUUUUAUCCGUUUGUUCCAGCAAUAAACCUGGAAUAGUUGAAGCGGGAGGAAUGUCCGCUUUGGCUGAUAAUUUAGCACAUGAAAGCCCUCGUGUUGUCCAUAACUGCCUCUGGACCCUGAGAAAUUUAUCAGAUGCUGCUACGCGUGUGGAAGGAAUGGAAGGUUUAUUACAAAUGCUCGUCCAGCUGUUAUCAUCAAAUGAUUUCAAUGUGGUCUCCUGUGCAGCUGGUAUUCUAUCGAAUCUUACUUGCAAUAAUCAACGCAACAAAGUUACUGUGUGUCAGGUUGGUGGGAUUGAAGCACUUGUCCGUACCAUAAUGCAGGCUGGGGAUAAAGAAGAUAUUACUGAACCUGCGGUGUGUGCUCUACGUCACUUGACCAGUAGACACCCCGAGGCUGAGAUGGCACAGAAUGCUGUCCGCCUGCACUAUGGCCUCCCUGUUCUAGUCAAAUUACUUCACCCACCAAGCCGUUGGCCACUUAUCAAAGCUGUGGUAGGACUGAUUCGCAACCUUGCUUUAUGCCCUGCUAACCACGCACCCCUUAGAGAACAUGGAGCCCUUCCCAGAAUUGCCCAACUUAUGAUCAGAGCACAUCAGGAUACCCAAAGGAGAGCUUCUAUCAGCUCAAAUGGCCAAAGUUCCAAUUAUGUUGAUGGUGUUAGAAUGGAGGAAAUUGUUGAAGGUACCGUGGGCGCACUUCACAUACUUGCCAGAGAAGCACAUAACAGAGCCGUUAUUCGCAGCUUGAAUUGUAUUCCACUGUUUGUACAGUUACUCUAUUCCCAGAUUGAAAAUAUACAACGGGUUGCUGCUGGUGUCCUUUGUGAAUUGGCUGCUGACAAAGAGGGAGCCGAAAUGAUAGAACAAGAAGGUGCGACAGCGCCUCUCACCGAGCUUUUACACUCCAGGAAUGAAGGAGUUGCCACAUAUGCUGCUGCUGUUCUUUUCCGAAUGUCUGAAGAUAAACCACAUGAUUUCAGGAAACGUUUGUCUGUGGAACUAACCAGUUCCUUAUUCAGAGGAGACCAAAAUAUUCCAUGGACAGAACCACCUGGUUUUGCAGACGUGGGCAGCAAUUUGCUACCCCCUCCUGCUGAGGACACUUUCAGAGAUCAGAUAUAUGUCCCUCCACAGCACCAUGGAAGCCAAGGUAGCAUGCAGAGUGGUUACCAAAGUGACAUGACUAGAGGAGGUGGGACAGGCAGUGGCGGGGGAGGUAAUGCUGGUGGGGGAGCAGCAUAUGAUCAGGUGCCUGUGGAUUCUAUGCAAGGCCUAGAAAUCGGCAGCCACCAGAGCAGUGGCUAUGGACCAAUGGAUAACCUACAAGAUCUUGGACCGCCUCCCGCUGAGGACUUAAAUUUUGAAAACCUAGAUACUGGCCUACCUGCCCACACAGGAGACAACAACCAGGGCAUGGCCUGGUAUGACACUGACCUAUAAACUAAUAAUAUUAAGACCUUUGUACAUCAAGAUACUGGACGAAACUACUGAUAAACCACAUGAUCCAUUAUUUUACAGUACCAUGUCUUGAAAGAGAAAAAAAAAACACAAAAUAACCAAAAAAAAAAAAACAAGUGUCCACAAUGCAUAUCACUCAGUUGAUCUUUACCAUUUCAAUGGAAACUUCAUUCUUUUUCUCCAUUUCACCACACCACCACCACCACCACCACCACCACCACUACCACUACUGAUUUACUUUGGACCAUAGUGCAGAAGCCAUUCCAACCUCCAGCCUCUUCUUCAUAGAGUUAUGGCUUAUUAGCCAUUAGGGACUGGGAUCUGCAAAUGCAUCCUUGUUUUUUGUUUUGUUUUUUUUUUUUCUGUUUUUUUUUUCUUUCUUUCUUUCUGCCAUGUCACCUCUCUGCAUUAUUUUGGCCUUCGUCCCUCCUUUGGCUGACUAUUUCUCCCUAAAUAUCAAACCAGCUGCUGCACACAACUGUGCGCCUAUUUUUGUCUGUGUGUGUAUGUAUAUAUAUAUAUAUACAAACUUUUUUUUUAUAUUAUUUUUAUUUCUUUAUUAUUUACAGUUACUAUUACCAGACUCUCAUUACUAACAACAUAACUGUUUCUCUCAACCACCUUCCCCACCCCACCCUCACUCUCCCAUCCACAACUUUACACUGGAUUAUAAUCGUUCAUUUUCAUUUCACUAAUCUUCCAAAUCCCUUUCCCCCUCCUCCAUUUUCCCCCUUCUCUCUUUUUUCAUUCAUUGAAACCCUUUUUUUUUCUUUUGCAUAUUUUUGGCUUUUAAAUUUUUGUUGUUGUUUCUCCCUUACUAUCCCUUCAACACAUCUCUCUCUCUAUCUAUCUAUCUAUCUGUCUGUCUAUCUCCCCUAUAUUGCUUCACUCUUUCUUCUGUCUGUUGCUUUAUUCUCCCUCUUGUCUAAAUCUCUACUCUUUUUAUCUAUCUAUCUAUCUAUCCAUCUAUCUCUCUCUUAUAAUGCUUUAUGUAUUCUUUAUUACUUGUCUUUUCCUUUACCAUCCCAUUUAAUAGUUAUAGCAGCUCAUAGAGCAGAUAAUACAACCAUAUGGAUGCCUCUGCUGCUUUGGAUGUUACACCUUAGUUAAUAGUAGUCACUCUAGCUGUGCUUUAGUGAACUAUUUCUCUCCUGUGCUUUAGUGUAGUUUCACGGUGGACAAAUAUGUCCACCAUGCAAUAUUGCUGUAUUCAUGCUCACUAGGAAUAUCUGUAUGCAUGUCUUUAUAAAUAAACUGGGUUUUUUUUUUC